AUGGCUCCAGGCAGUGGGCGCGACUUUAACUGCUCAUGGGAGCAUUGUGGAAAGUCUUUCAAUCGCAAGUCGGAUCUCUGUCGCCAUUAUCGCAUCCACACCAACGAGCGCCCGUAUCAUUGCACCGUAAAGGAUUGCAAUAAGAGCUUCAUUCAACGCAGUGCCUUGACCGUACACUCGAGGACCCACACUGGCGAAAAGCCCCAUGUUUGUGACCAUGAAGGCUGUCAGAAGGCAUUCUCCGACUCAUCGAGUUUGGCCCGCCAUCGCCGAAUCCACACUGGUAAGCGGCCAUACAUAUGCCACGAGCCUACAUGUGAACGGAGUUUUUGUCGCAAGACCACCCUCACCAAACACCAACACCGCUCCCACCCUCCAGGGAGCUUGACCCGACCAUCCUCAGAAGAUGCGACCUCCGAGCACUCUUACCACCAAACACCCGUAUCAGUCUCGGUCCCGACUGAACAGUACAUGCUCGCCCAGCAACCUUUUUACCCGCAAUCGGCGACACCGAGUCAUGAGUUUUACUCGCCCCAGAGUGUCCCGAUGGGCACCGUGCCGGUUCACGAAGCUGCCCCUCCGAUCGUGGCCCAGACCGUACCGGGAACCUCGCCGGUAAACAUGCCACACGCUCAACAGCCGCAUCCGCAACACCACGCGCAUCCGCAACAGCAACAGCAACAGCAGCAUCAACAAUACUUACAAAUGAUGCAACAGCGUUACGACAGUCCACGCGCGAACUACCUCCCAGAACAAUACCAACAUCCAUCUUUUCAAGGCCACCAACUGCCUCCCGAACAACCAAUGAUGGUUUCAUACCACCCAAACUAUGCGUAUAAACCCCCCGGCUCUCGUCUCUUGAACCAAGCGGAGGGGACUGACUGGGGCUUUCUGGGAGUAGGCUAA